AUGAGAGGGGGCGGAGCUAACGGCUCAGGGGCGCUGUGUUUGGAGCCUCCUAUUGGUCAGAACUGGACACAGCCGCUCAGGCUGGAUUUCCACGAAAACAUCAGCUGCAGACUGCGUACCAGCGCGACCAGCGGACCUCCGAGGCUCCACGCACCGACAGCCCCUUCAUGGAGACCCUACCCCGGGGACUGUGACGUGUGGCCCGCGGGAGAGGCCUGA